AUGCCGCCGUCCAGCGGCGCCCUCCUCAAGGAGGGUUGGCAAGGCGAGGUGCUGUAUGGUGUCUCUCCUGUGCUGGCGGCGCUCACGGCGGGCAGGCGGGAGAUCCAUGCCCUGCACAUACAACAGGACAUUGAUGGAUCGGCACGCAAGGACUCGGUGGUGCUGAAUCGGGCCAGAGAAGCAGCACAGGCCAUCGGGUGUCCUGUCUUCCUGGCAUCCAAGCACGAUCUCAACCUGCUGGCAGACAACAGGCCGCACCAGGGCUUGAUGCUGGACUGCUCGCCCCUGGAGUUCAUCGACAUCGCAGACUUGCCCCCGCCCCCCUCAGCGCAGGAUGCCGGACCUGUGUGGCUGUGUCUGGACGAGGUCACCGAUCCCCAAAACUUCGGGGCGGCGCUGCGCUCCGCCUUCUUCCUGGGCGCGGCAGGCGUGCUGACCUGCGCGCGCAACUCCUCCCCCCUCUCCGGCGUCGUGAGCAAGGCCUCCGCCGGCGCCAUGGAGCUCUUCCCCGGCGCGGGCCUGCGCACCAACGUGCGCCGGGCCUGCGAGGCGCUGGUGCGCAUCCCCGGCGGGGCGGGGGCGGCGCAGGUGGAAAGCCUGAACGUCAGCGUCGCCACGGGCAUCCUGCUGCACCACCUGCUGCAGCCCGGGGCCGCUGAGGCGGGGCAAUGA